ACAACAGGCGCAGGUAACCCGAGGGUGGACUUUCUGGAGUGAGACAUGGACUUUGCUGAAAUCAUUUUCGCUUUGUUCAUCGUCGUGGUCGCGGUCGUCUCGCUGUUGUCAAACUUGUUGGUGCUGCUAUGUUUCGUCCACAGCACCGAGAUACGCCGGCAGGUGCCCGGUGUUUUCACCAUGAACCUGUCCUUCUGCAACAUACUCAUCACCGUUUUGAACAUGCCGGCCACUUUGGUGGGGAUUAUCAGGAACCAGCAGCCUUUUGGCGACUGCGUUUGCCACACGGUGAGCUUUCUGGAGACUUUUCUGACCGCAAACACCAUGUUGAGUAUGGCAGCCCUCAGCAUAGACCGGUGGAUAGCGGUGGUCUUCCCGCUCAGUUACUCCACUAAAAUGCGCUACAAGGACGCGCUGAUCAUGGUGUGCUACUCCUGGCUCCACUCCUUCACCUUCUCCCUGACGGCGCUGCUCUUCUCCUGGGUCGACUACAGCGACGUUUACGCGUCCUGCACCUUGCAGCCGAGCGAGGAAGGCAGCGACAGGAUUAAGUUCACAAUCUUCACAGUCGUUUUCCACGCCACUAGUUUCAUGCUCUCCCUGCUCAUCCUGUGCUUCACCUACUUGAAGGUGUUGAAAGUCGCCAGGUUUCACUGCAAGAGGAUUGACAUCAUCACCAUGCAGACUAUUUUCCUACUGGUCGACAUUCACCCAAGCGUGAAACAAAGAUGUUUAGCUGAGCAAAAGAGCAGAAAGCAGAGAGCCACAAAGAAGAUCAGCAUCUUCAUCGGCUCAUUCAUCAUCUGCUUUGCUCCUUAUGUAAUUACAAGGUUGGCCGAGCUUCUACCCUUCGUGGACAUCAACCGCCACUGGGGAAUCAUCAGUAAGUGCCUGACAUACAGCAAGGCUGCGUCCGACCCCUUCGCCUACUCCCUCCUACGUCAGCAGUACAAGAAAGUCCUGGUCACUGUCGUCAACAGGCUGCUCCGCCGCGACCUGUACCCCUCGUCUGGCCACAACAGCUCUUUAGACACAGAGAACGACUACUGUCUCCAGAGGAUCAGCUAAUGGCAAUCGCGCGGACAUGACAGAUACACACUGCAGGCCAAAAAUAAAGGUUGCAUCUUGGAAGAAAGUGGGUGGAGGAAGAGAAAUGAGGAGAGAGACAGUGAGGGCAGG